GUCUUGCACAGUCCCGUUGGCGAGCCGCCAUGUAUAUCGCUACUCCCAGGAGACCACCACAGAUCGUCGGCCACAAAAGCCUGAGCAGUCGCAUCGACACCAUGGAUCCAAAGCCAAACCGCAGAAGCCCUCUUCUCGAUGGAGCACUGCCUCCGCAUCUCCGUAGCCAACAACUUGCAUCUCCACAACCUGCUCUGGGAGCCCGUGAUGUGGCAGAAGUGCUGCUUGAAGCUCAAUAUCCUUCAGAUUCUGAGAGCCAGCCAUGCGAUCUGCUUCAUCAUAUCGGCUUUGUCCAAGGCAGAUGGAGCGCUGCCGUCUGGCUUGUCAAGCGCUUGGUGGACAAGUUUCCGCUCGAGAUCAAGAAGAAUCUGUCCUCUACGGAAAUGAAGGAUCUUUGGGGUGUGGCUGGCCAUCUGUUGCAUGCUACUGAUAUUCCGAUAAUGCUGGAUUUGCCCUUUGUACCUUCACCGAACAAAGGCUCCCCCUCGGUCAAAUUGGACGAUUUCACAGAUGGCCCGUGGAACGAUUCGGACAUCGAAAACUACACGGCGCAUGAUGUGCUUGGACAGAUCUGGCGGACGCUCGGCCGCAUGACAUUGGAAUGUGUCGGUGGUGAUGUCCGGCCUGAGGUUCUGGAAAUGAUCGCAUAUCUACAUCAUCGCGAAAUCAUGCCGAUGACAAUCUAUCAUUUCAAUCCAGGCCUGGAGAAAACGACCAUUCAGCAGCCUCCUCUGAUCCCCCUACUUUCAUCUCGGAUCUUGACAGCUCUUUCCGAUGCUGCUUGGAAUGCAGAGCAAAGACUGGUGGGUGAAACUGCAAAAGCUCGCAUCGGCACCCUCACAGCAGCUCAAGGCCGAGCCAAAGUUCGGAUGGAAGGCAUUCGUGCGGAGGUCUGGAUCGAGCUGGUUCUGUGGUCCUGCUUACACGGCGGCUGGGUACAGCAGGGUGCGGCAAUACUGUACGACAUUGUAACCGAAGUCAUGUGGAGUCCACUCUCAUGGAGGGAAUACGAAAAGACACUCCCAUCCGUCGAUCAAAUGAAUGAUGGUGACUGGAACGGCUGGGAGUAUGCUUUCAAAACGAGACCAACAUCUUCGAUGUCUUCGAUGGACGGACAUGCUGGAUUCAGUCCGGGUGUGGAGCAGACGGUGAGCGCCGAGGUUGUGAACGCAUACAUCGAUGCAAUUGCAAGUGUUGCCAAAGAUUCUUCAUCUGGCAAUCUCUAUGCCAACCUCAUGCUGCUCCGCAAAUUCAAAGCAUUUCUCCAAAAAGGGAAUCUUGGCUUGAGUUUUGGCUCCUGGGACGGACUCGUUGCGCGGGUAUUGGAAGUCGAGCAAAUGGAACCAGAGUUGGACUCGAGUCAAGCCACCAAAGCCGUUGAUCUUUCGCCUGGUCUCGGCCAAGGCCUGGAGGACAAGAAUUCGCAAGACCUACCAAAGUACGUCCUCGACAACGGCUCGGCCAUGGCGGGCAUCUUGCAUCGAGCUCUUCAAGGGGCGAUCAACCGCGGCGAGACGCAUAUCGCCCACAAAGUAUUCUCGGCGUUGCGAAAGCGUGCAGAUGCCGACAAAUUGACAUCGAUCACAAGCUUUCUCGAGGGCAGCAGGCCGCUCUUCAAGGCUCUUUCCGCGAACGAAAUUUUCACGAGCAACCUCCCGGGCAUCGAAUAUCCAGGUUUUGAGAUGCAGCUUCCAGCAAGUACGCUUGGUCCAUUUUUGGCGCUAAAUGUGCGGCAAGAUUAUUUUGCAUACGCGCGGAAGCUCAUCUACACCGAUGACCUUGACGGAGCAGUGAUCCCAGAGUCCAUGUAUGGAGAUCCGUUCAUUUCAGGACCACUGAUUGAAUUUGCGGCCAAGACCAACGAUCGAGCUCUGCUAAUCAAGUUGAAAAGUCACUCAUCGGAGGAGACCAGGCCUACCAUCCUGGACCUCCACGUCGAUGCCAUGCGAUGGGAUUCUGCGUCCCGCACGUUGGAUCAUCUGACAUCGACCAAGAACGAAUGGCACAUGUACAGCCUUGCCAACAUCGCUUCGAAGAUUGUCUUUUUGGAAGGCCAAGAAUCUAACGACAAAAGCAACGACGAACGGAACCGCAAAGCAGCUCGCCAGCUCUUUGAAAGAGUCUACCGCAUGUAUUCGCAAUCCUCCAGGACCGCGCUGGUUAGGGCUCAGACCUUGCUCACCAUAUUCUCAACGAUCGACGAGAAGUGCGCCAAGUUCUGCUCUUCCAUCGUGCCGGAGAAAGGAUUUCAUGACUUUCGGUGCUCAGCGAUACCUUUCAAUCGAUUGCUGAGUGGUGUACUUGCGGUUCACGGCAGCAUCGUUGGUCGCCGAGUCCUGAGCGACCUUUGGCCAUCCUGGGCCAGACGUUCAGCGGCGCGCCCGAGCGGAGGCGUCCAUAAUACGAGACUGGUCAUCAAGCCCCCACAUGGCUCGCGCUCCGUUGUGUACGGUAGCCUGCAACCAGAUGCGCAAACGAUCUUCAUGAUUCUGAGCCAGGCGAUGCAGGAGGCGGACUCGUCAGCGUCUGAGGGCCCUCAGCCGUCGACUGCGACCGAGGAUAUGCCUCCCGUCGACGUCUCUCCCCAAGCCGGCGGGCGAGUGCUUGAAUCGAUUGCGACGCAAGCUCCCAUAAGGCGACCCGACCGUCCGCAAUGGCGCAUCCUCAUGUGGUCUAUUGGGGCGCUAUGGGAAAUCGCCAAGCCGUACCAAGACACCGUCGAUAUGAUUGACGAUGUCCUCGUCAAGCACGGCGGGGAGAGAUUCCGCGCAGAGCUGCCGGGACUCGUGCAGAAGAUUUAUGAGCGCAAGUAUAGUGUGCCGAGAUGGACGGAGGCAAUCAGCAGAGCGGCAGACAUUGAGUACCAAAUCACGACAGAUUUCACGUCACUUACGACCUGGACGCCACCAACUUGGUUACUCAGUGGCCGAGACGAGAUGAUCCUGGCUGACAAGAUUCAACAGCUCCCCGCCUCUCCCUCCUCUGGACCGUUUCCUCACUUCCAGCCCUCAAACCAGAUGCUGGACGAUUACGUCUGCGAAGAAGCCUUCCGGGCCACGGAAGAUGAACUCCUCGAAAUUGCCGAAGAGGACAUCAUCUAG